GGCGUGGCCUCGGGAUGGCGCCAGAAGGCAGGGAAGUAAGAGGCGUCGCUCUGUGUCGCGUUUCUGACUCGUCAUCUCUGAGGCGCCCUCGGCGCUUUUGGAUGGCGUCACGGGGCGCGUCGGGCGGGAAAAACGAAAAGAUCGAGGCCGCUGCCGUUGAGGGAAAUGGCCAUCCAGGUGUAAUCCAAGCCGGGACUCUCAAGGCCCGAAUGCCUUAGUCUGCGUUUCUGCAGGGAUCGGCCGCCAUGGAAGACACGGAGUCCCGCUUCAUGCACUUCCUGCAGCCCAUCAGGGACCUCACCAAGAACUGGGAGGUCGAUGUGGCAUCUCAGCUGGGAGAGUACCUGGAGGAGCUUGAACAGAUUUGUAUUUCCUUUGAUGGCGGCAAAACAACUAUGAAUUUUAUUGAAGCGGCGCUGCUCAUCCAGGGUUCAGCCUGCAUUUACAGUAAGAAGGUGGAGUAUCUCUACUCAUUGGUCUACCAGGCUCUCGACUUCAUCUCCAACAAGAAGCGUGAGAAGCUGCCGACUUCAGUGGGAGCGGAUGGGGCCGACUCAGACGCCAACGCUGGACCUGCUGAAGAGAAGGACGAGUUCCUCUCAUUGAACGACAUCCAAGAUACCAGCAGAGCCAGCAUGGACUUGCGGGAGGACCGGCAGCGCAGUUCGGUCAGCAUUGUGCCUUUGACGCCAAUGGUGUUGGUCCCGCCGGAGGAGGCCGAGAAGAAGGGCAACCCGCUCUUCAGCAAGAAAGGGGAGAUGCUGGCCAGCCGGAGGGACUUCCGCAUGAACACCUGCACCCCCCACGUCAACGGCACCUUCAUGCUGCAGCUGGCGGACCUCUCGCCCACCCAGUGCCCACCCAGGCGCGACAGAGAGUGCCCAUCCAUGGGAGUCCCGAGCAUCGUCCCUGGGGCGGGAGCCACACCCGUGGAGGGCAGCGUAUGUAACACGCCCGUCCUUGCCCUGAACUUCUCUGGAGAUGGAGGAGGGGACAACGCUUUCUGUGAGAACGAUGGUGACUGCAAUGACGUCCUGCUGGAUAUUCCCGAGCGGGUCCUGGAUGCUUCUCUUGGGGCCUAUCAGAUGAGCGACCCCCAGAGACAAGGGUACUUGCUGCGGGAGAGACCACCGGCCCUGGGAGCCAAGGAGCCCAUCAAGGAGAUACGGGACCCCUGGCACAGCCUGGACCCCUUCGCCUCUUUGGAGGACAAGCCCUACAAGAAAGGCCGUCCCCUCUCGGUGCCCCCGGGGAUGGAGGACGUGCCCGGCACCAAGCGGAGGAGGAGGCUGUCCACCAGGCUGCAGUAUUUCACGGCGUGGUUUUCGGCCACAGAGCACGACAGAGCCGGCAACCCAAGGAGCAGGAGGAAAGGCCCGACGUUUGCGGAUCUAGACGUCCUUUACUGGAAGAAUGUCAAGGAGCGCUUUGCUGCCCAAAGGAAGCUCUCGAGAAGGACGCAAAACCCGGAGGAUCCGGACGCGCGGGAGGAAGAACGCGAGGAAGAGGAGGAGGAGGAGGAUGCCUUGCAGAAUCCCAUCGGAGCAGACGAUGACUUCCUAGAAGACGAAGAUGGAUCCCCGCUAGAAGCCGCCGGAGGGGCUCCAGAGACAGACCUUGAUGGGAUCCCCGCCUCUCUCAGCUACGAGGAACUGGUUCAGAGGAACGUGGAGCUGUUCAUUGCUCAUUCCCAGAAGUACGCCAGAGAGACGGAGCUGUCCCGGCGCGUCAGGGACUGGGAGGAGAUGAUGGAGCCGCAGCUGGAAGAGCAGGAGGCCCGUCCCGCCUUCGACAUCCACAGCUACGGCGACCGCCUGGUGUCCCGCUUGGGCCGCGUGGGCGAGUGGCACUCCUUUGCCAGCCUGGUGGCCGGAGAGCCGGCCUUCGAGGUCUGCCGCUGCAUGCUGGCCUCCCUGCAACUGGCCAACGACUACACGGUGGAGGUCUCCCAAAAGCCCGGCCUGGAGGAGCGGGUGGACACCAUGGCGCUGCGGCUGCUGACCCAAGAGAAGGCCCACGAGCGCUUCCGCACCUACACGGCCCCCUCCCUCGCCCAGCAGUGACCCCCGCCCUGCCGCCUGCCCCGCACACGUGUACAUGUCUGUAUAUAGGGUCUUUGUACAGCUCGUCCCCCCUCCCCGUAUCCCUCAGCAUCAGCUCUGUAUCCGCUUCAUCUUUCCCCCAAUAAAACAAAAAAGUUUGUACAAACA